UUGUACAUGUAAAAUUAAGAUUACCAGUUAAAUUUGUUUCCCUUUUAAGUGGUAUAAAAUCCUUAUAUGCAUCUUUAUUUUUUUUUUCAAAAAAUAAUAAUUAUAAAAAACACCUGGUAUGCCAAUACAAAGACUAGAUUCUUAACUUGGGAAAAAACUAUAAAUAGAGAGAUAUGAAGUGCAAGUGUACUCAAGUACCAUUAUCUUAGUUUCUCAUCUUCUCUCUGUAAAUUUGUGAAGGAGUCUAGAGUAUGGGUUUUAAAGCGUAUAACUUUGUUCAGUUCAACUCUGUUCAGUUCUUCUUCUUCCUUGUGGUGGUUUUUGCUUUCGUUUGCUUUGCUCAGAACAUUCAUAUAGGAAAUGAAAACAUGUUGAUUGGCGAAGAGUAUAAAGGCCCACAGUCUAAUCCCAGUGACACACAUGAUCAACUACCACCAUUGAUACUCCAAGACUAUCCUCCAGUUGGACCUAACCCGAGACACAAGCCACACCUUCCUCCACCUGCGAAUGAAAACAAAUUGAGUGUCCAAGACUAUGCGGAUCCCGAGCCUAACCCUAGACACAAGCUUCCUCCUCAAAAACCUACAAAUGAAAACAAAUUGAGCAUCCAAGACUAUGCUGAUCCUGGGUCUAAUCCCAGGCACAAGCACCCGCCACCACUAAUGACAAAUGAAAACGAGUUGAUACUCCAAGACUAUCCACCUGUUGGACCUAACCCUAGACACAAGCCACACCAUCCACCACUUGCAAAUGAAAACAAAUUGAGUGUCCAAGACUAUGCGGAUCCCGAGCCUAACCCUAGACACAAGCCUCCUCCUCAACAACCUACAAAUGAAAACAAAUUGAGCAUCCAAGACUAUGCUGAUCCUGGGUCUAAUCCCAGGCACAAGCACCCGCCACCACUAAUGACAAAUGAAAACGAGUUGAUACUCCAAGACUAUCCUCCUGUUGGACCUAACCCUAGACACAAGCCACACCAUCCACCACUUGCAAAUGAAAACAAAUUGAGUGUCCAAGACUAUGCGGAUCCCGAGCCUAACCCUAGAUACAAGCCUCCUCCUCAACAACCUACAAAUGAAAACAAAUUGAGCAUCCAAGACUAUGCUGAUCCUGGGUCUAACCCCAGGCACAAGCACCCGCCACCACCAAUGACAAAUGAAAACAAGUUGAUACUCCAAGACUAUGCUCCCAUUGGGCCUAAUCCUCGACACAAGCCUCCUCCUCUGCCACCCAUAGAUGACAAUAAAUUGAACGUCCAAGACUAUACUAACUCUCAACCUAACCCUAAACAACAACCUAAUCCUCCACCACUAUCUUCUUCAUUAAAUCCUUUACAUGCAUGAGUUGUAUGUCCACAUCCAUAAAGAUACAUCUAUGAAUUAUGAUAUUCCGAAAGUAAUAAUUAUUUGUAUCAUAAUUUUUUUGAUAAGUUAAUAAAUUGAAUAAUUAAUAUAAAAGAAGUGCAAAUUCAUAUACAUUAUAUUUAUUUUUAUUUAUCUUUACAUGUUAAAACUGUCUAACAUAUUGUCAUAUUCUUUAUUUAACAAUUUUUAUUCUGUAUCUUUAACAAAAUACUAUCAUUAUUUUUUUUGAAUGGAAAAUCAGCAUUUUAUUAGUCAUUAAACUCAGUUACCUACUAUGCAGCUAUGUCCUACAAAAUACUCAAGGAAUAGAUACUGAUGCCAAUAACCAGCAAGUGCCACAUGACCAUCAAGCCAAUUAGCUGAAGGUACCUAUCCGUAGGAAUCAACGACAAAGGCCUAAUUAUUAUAUCUGUUCUUACGUUCCUUAGACGUUCCUCAUGUCCAUACUGAAAUAAGAAAUUAAUGAGAAUUAAACAAUUAUUAUUUGUGGUAAAAUUGAGAAAUCAAAUUUAGAUCUUGAAAUAUGGCCCACACGUGUAGGGCCUAUCUUACAUGUGUCGGGUUACAUAUAAAGGCCCAUGGUAAUUUUAUUUAAUUAUUUUAUUAUUAAAAUAAAUCAAAUGAAAUUAAUUAAUUAUAUUUUAAUUAUUGCAUUAAAUAUAUUGUUGGAUAAUCUAUUUAAUUAAAAGAUAAUAUUAAAAUAAAAUGAUAUAACUAAUUUUUAUUAAUUAGUUAUAUGAUAUUUAUAUUUGAAUUUGAAUUAAAUUAAAUAUUAUCUAGGUUUGUUUAUAACCUUAUAUAUAUAUAUAUAUAUGAUAUAUAUCAGGAUAUCAACUAAGGAAUUAAAAAAGUGAAAACAAGUGAAUUAAGCGUGACUUUUCAUAGAAGAAUUAGGGUUGAAAAAUACGACUUUGUUUUUCACUCUCUCUCCUCACUCACGCACGACUCUCUCUCUCUCUCUCUCUCUCUCUCUCUAUCACUCUCUCUCUCUCUCUCUUUAUUCAUUCUCUCACGCCACAUGUGUGUGAGUUUUGUGUUCUUUCCUAUCUUAUCAUAGUUCUCAUGAGUUAAGAAUAUACCAUGAUUAUAAAAUUAUACUCAUCCGAUUAGAUCUAAUAGCCUACUGUAUUCCUAAGUGUUGAUACUGACUUGGAAGAUUGUGGUGUGAACUCUUUAACAAGUUCUUGGAUUGGAUGUUCGAUAAAUUAAUAUGAAAAGAUAGCGAAGAAAUCCUGAUAAGAGGUAUUGUUUCUCUUUUCAUGUAGUUUAGAUUUAAUCUAUAUAUAUUAUGUUGAGAUCCUUGGGAUUUUGGUUCAUAUUGGAUCAAAUUAAUUUUAAUUUAAUUUGCUUCCACUUUUCUAACUCUGAUAUGGACUAUAAAAAUUAACAAGUGGUAUC